CGCUGCCUUGAGCGCCGUCUAAAAUGGCGGCGCCGCUCUGCAGCUCAGCCGUACCGAGGACCACCUCUCCUUCGCCGACGGAGGUGAAGUGGAAAGCCAAGGUCGGGGGUGAGACGUUCUCCUGAGGUGGUCGACGGAGGCGACCGCCCGCGGAGGCAUUCAGGGGCGAGGGCGGACCCCCGCGGGGAGCCAGUCCCCAGACGUGGCCAUUCGCACCCGGGCCAAGAGCUCGGGCUUAGCGGCCCUGGGCCGCGGAGCGGGAUGACAGUUUUUAAAGACCUAAAAAGGACCGUAGGCCUCUCCCUCCAUCCUGUCUCGUGCUUCUCUCCCUACUACCGCCCCUCCCCCUAAGGGUACUCUGCGCUGGAAGGAAGCGCUUCAGGCGGGUUAGGGUGAAAGGAUUGUGUCGCCCAUCAGGAGAUGAAGACUGCCCGCCCCCCGCUUUCAGAGAUAGGAAUGGGAACGUUGCUCCCUACGGCACUCUUAGGAGGGUAGCGCCUCGAAAACGGUGACUGAGGAAUCCCACCGUUCUGAAAGCAAAGCUUCCGGACUUGGCCGUGCCCCGUGGUAGUCAAGGAGACUACAAGUAGCGCCUCGAAAUUCCCUCUUGCUCUUAGAUCUGUUAGAUCUCUCUGGAGCUAGAUUUAUACCUCGGUCCUUGGCUCCGCGCGCGGGAGAAAGAAUUCACGCCGAAGCCUGGUUCGUGAUCGAAUUCAAAAUCUGCACUGCAGUGAGGAAUCAUUUGCACACCGUGAAUCUAAAACAAAUUGUAAUGAAAGGUCAUCUUAGAGGUUUGUGGUUAAUUAGCUAACUGUUAGCUCAAGGUCUAAUCUUAAUGCUUUCUCUCAUUCUAGGCUUUUGGUUACCCCCCCUCCCACCCUAUCCCUUAAUUUUAUUCUUUUGAAGAUUCUGCCUCAAGCUGCCAAAAUGGGAGAAAUGUGAUUACAGAACGGUGUGCGUCUCACCUCAGGUAUUUUGCCUUUUAGCUGUUAACAGAACCAUAUUGACUCAAGAUCUAACGUGAGACUACCUAAAGCUUGUCCAGUAGCCAGAUCAUAAAGAUCAAAAGUAACUAACAAUAUUUGGAUAGAUAAUGAAUCUGUAUGCACUAGUUUAUAAAGCUAAUAGUAGUAGUCUUUAAAGGUUCUUAAAAUGUUUCCUCUUAAUCAUGCUUCUUUUUCAUUAUAUGGAGAAUAACUCUGUUAAGAUGUGUUGCCCUGUUUAGUCUUCAGCUAUAAUGGGAUGCAAAGUAACCAUUAAACACACAUGUACAUGACCUUGAAUGAGUUGUAAUUUGGAUAAUAUAAAUAUGUAAUUUUUUAGUCCAGGGAAACAAGUAGCAAAUUUGGUCUACAGUUUAUUUUUCUUAGUACACAGCAUGUAAGCUAACUCCCUUUUUUAUAAAACUUUGGACUGUGUGUGAAUAUAACUCCUCAGAAUCAUUGCUAGCCCUGAAGGUACCCUUCGGGUGUAUGAUAGUAUCACAAAUGAGUUUAUCUAUUGGCAGGAGGCAUCAGAGAGCUAAGAGAGAUUUCAAAAUAUUAUACAGGACAGAGUUGGCAAAUUCUGGCUCAUGCUCUUUUUGUAAGAAAAAGAAUAAAGGAACACAAUCAUGCCCAUUGUAUUCUGUAUUGUUCAUGGCUUCACCUACACUAUUUGAAUAGUUGUGACAAAGGCUGUAUGGCCUACAAAGCCAGGAGUGUUUACAGCCCUUUACAGAGAGCUUGCCAACCACUACCGUGGUACAUACCUUCACCUCUUCAAGGUCUCUUCUUUUGAAAUACGCACAAGUUAGCCCAAAAUGUGUUUUACAGAAUAUUAAUCUCUAAGUUACUAAGUCUUCUGGGAAAAACAUCGAUGCUAACAAUAUUUUUUUCUUUGUAAUGUAUAUUUUAAGAUAAAGGCAUAAGACUGCUAAACUCAUUUAUAUAGCUUUUAUUUUUAUGUGAUGAUCUACCUUUAAGAAAAGGUGGCCCAACCGGAGAACACCAGGAAGUCGAAUGAGAGAUCACCUGAUACAUGAACAUAAGAUGUCCCAUCUGCGCGUUGAUGCAUAAUAAGCAGCAUUCGCAAAUUAACUGAUGUGUGGCUGUCAUCACUUUGAUGAUUGCUCGCCUUCCAUUUUUCCUGUCUUAUCAUUUCAACACAUUCCAGAUACUCGGUGUGUAUGCUAAUGUAACCAUGUUUUGUACCACAAAGUCAUUGCCCAUGGAUCUGUUGCUGAAAGAAGGAAGUCGUAAGCAAGAUGUAGAGUCAUUUUGCUACCAAAUUGUGUCUGAAUCAAAUGAUCAAACGGUUGGAAUAUUACAAAGUGAAGACGAACAGUUGACGCCAUCUAAAAAAUCAGAAGGUGAGCUUUCCAGGGUCAAGUUUAUGUCUGCUUCUAACAAAAUAACAUUUAGUAAGAAACCAAAAAGAAGAAAAUAUGAUGAAAGUUAUUUGUCUUUCGGGUUUACUUACUUUGGAAAUAGAGAUGCCCCACAUGCUCAGUGUGUAUUAUGUAAAAAAAUUUUAUCAAAUAGCUCGUUAGCCCCCAGUAAGCUUCGACGACAUUUGGAAACGAAACAUGCUGCAUAUAAAGACAAAGACAUAAGCUUUUUCAAGCAACAUCUUGAUUCACUGGAAAAUAGUAAGCCUCCAACACCUAAAAUUGUCAAUACAGAUAAUGAAAGUGCUACCGAAGCAUCAUACAAUGUAAGUUAUCACAUAGCACUGAGCGGAGAAGCUCAUACUAUCGGAGAAUUGCUUAUCAAGCCUUGUGCGAAAGAUGUAGUGAUGCGGAUGUUUGAUGAACAAUAUAGUAAAAAAAUAGAUGCAGUACAGCUGUCAAACAGUACUGUUGCACGUCGCAUUAAGGAUCUUGCUGCUGACAUCGAAGAAGAACUUGUUUGCAGACUGAAAAUUUGUGAUGGGUUUUCACUGCAACUAGACGAGUCAGCUGAUGUUUCUGGACUGGCUGUGCUGCUUGUGUUUGUUCGUUACAGGUUUAAUACAUCUAUUGAGGAGGACCUACUCUUAUGUGAAUCUUUACAGAGUAAUGCUACUGGUGAAGAAAUAUUUAACUGCAUCAACAGUUUUAUGCAGAAACAUGAAAUUGAAUGGGAAAAAUGUGUUGAUGUUUGUAGUGAUGCUUCCAGGGUACUGGAGGGUAAAAUAGCCGAGGCUCUUGCCCUGAUAAAAUAUAUGGCACCUGAAAGCACCAGUAGUCACUGCCUAUUAUAUAGACAUGCACUCGCGGUUAAAAUAAUGCCUACACCUCUGAAAAACGUGCUAGAUCAAGCAGUACAAAUCAUCAAUUAUAUUAAAGCUCGACCACAUCAAUCUAGGCUACUAAAAAUUUUAUGUGAAGAAAUGGGUGCUCAGCACACAGCACUUCUUCUAAAUACAGAAUUGAGGUGGCUUUCCCGAGGUAAAGUUCUUGUGAGACUUUUUGAGCUUCGUCGUGAACUGUUGGUUUCCCUGGAUUCCGCUUUUCGGUUAUCUGAUUGUUUAACAAAUCCCUCUUGGCUGUUAAGACUUGCAUAUCUUGCAGAUAUUUUUACUAAAUUAAAUGAGGUUAAUCUGUGGAUGCAAGGGAAGAAUGUGACCGUUUUUACAGUAUUUGAUAAAAUGUCGUCGUUGUUAAGAAAAUUGGAGUGUUGGGCCUCAUGUGUAGAAGAAGAGAACUUUGAUUGUUUUCCUACACUCAGUGACUUUUUGUCUGAAAUUAAUUCUGUGGUUGAUAAAGAUAUUUGCAGUGCCAUCGUGCAGCACCUAAGGGGCUUGCACUCUACUCUGUUAAAAUAUUUUCCUGUGACAAAUGACAAUACUGCUUGGGUUAGAAACCCAUUUACAGUGGCUGUCAAGCCAGUCUCACUAGUAGCAAGAGAGUAUGAGAGCUUGAUUGAUUUAACAUCUGAUCCUCGAGUGAAACAAAAUUUCGGUGAACUUUCACUGAAUGAUUUUUGGAGCAGCCUAAUUCAAGAAUAUCCAAGCAUUGCGAGGCGCGCAGUUCACGUUCUUCUUCCUUUUGCCACAAUGCACCUGUGUGAAACGGGCUUUUCAUAUUAUGCUGCAACCAAGACAAAAUACAGGAAAAGACUGGAUGCUGCACCUCAUAUGCGGAUCCGGCUCAGCAAUAUUACCCCUAAUAUUAAGCGGAUAUGUAAUAAAAAGACACAGAAACACUGCUCUCAUUAAUAUUGCAGGGUUUUGCAUGUAUCUUGAUAACCAAAUGUAAGAUGAAAAUAAAAAGAUGAUUUACUUGA